GGCCACUGCCCUCUGACCCCUCUCACCGCGUAAUCGGGGACACGCUCUGUGACCCGCUUUCCCGGAGGCGCCUUCUGGUCCUUCUGCUUGGACAGGACGGCGACCCGGGGGCGGAGGGGAGUGGCCGCCGCGGCCUAUUUCCGCGAGCAUCCAGACCCGGUUCGGGGAGCUCCACGCCAGCCUCCCGCAUCCACGCCGCCCGGUUGGCCCUCCGCCGUCAGCAUCCAUGCAGCCUCGUAGACCCCAGCUGCCCGCGCUGUUGCUGAGCCUCUGGCUGCUGCUGAGCCUCGCGCUGCCCGCGGCUGCCGUGGCGUCCCGGGACCGGGAGCACACCGAUGUCCCCACGCGGCCCCCGGCGGCGGAGCUGCCACGCGGGAUCCUGCGGCGGGCGGCCCACGCGGCGCUGCACUUCUUCAACUUCCAAACCGGCUCGCCCAGCGCGCUGCGGGUGCUGGGGGCGGUGCAGGAGGGCCGCACGAGGGUCGACCCUCAAGAGGGAUGUGAGGUGAACCUGGUGUUUAGCACAGAGCGCUACAACCUGGAAGAGAAAGGUGAGGAACGUCUGGGCAAAUGUUUCGCAAAGGUGUUUUUCAAGAAUCAAAAACCCAGACCGGCCAUUAAUGUCUCCUGCACGGGGCUCACUGAGAAAAUGAAGAGACAGGAAAGAGAUUAUCUGCUUUACAAGCAAGUGAAGCAAUUGAAGACUCCCCUGGACGUCGUCCGCAUCCCUGAUAGUCACGGACGUAUUGAUCCUCGACUGAGACCCAUCUGGGACUUGGCUUUUCUCGGCAGCUCUUAUGUGAUGUGGGAUAAGACAACCCAGUUUCUGCACUACUACCUGAUACAGCUCAGCAGUGUAAAGCACUUGAGAACCAACGAUGAUGGCAUUGACUUUGAUUUUACCGUUCUACUUCAUGAAUUCUCAACACAGGAAAUCGUUCCCUGCCGUAUUCUCUUGUUCUGGUUCCCUGGCAAACCACUGAAGGUACAGUACCACUGCCAAGAGCUGCAGAGCCCAGAAGAAGCCUCUGGAACUGACGAAGCAUCAGCCAUGGCACCAACGGAGCUCAGCAAUUCCUAAAGAGAAGAAGAUCUGUUUCUAUCGCAUCCUGAACAAGACGACUCCCAUACGAAACUCCCAUACUUCAACACUCCCAUACAAAAGCAAAGGUCCAGGCUCCUAGCAACUCAGGCAGGCCUGCGGCUGCAGGGAAAUAUUUCCCACCUGAUUGGCCUUGGUGUUUACCUCUGAGAGCAGAUGGUACCUAUCUGCUCAGGACUUGGUAAUCAGAGCUCACUGCUGAGUCUUGGUGCAGGCGGACCAAUGAGUGCUUUGCAGAAAGGGUUUCACCUCUGUAUUUGUGUUUUUCACUAUUUUUGGACAUAUUAUAGCUAUUUCAUGUUGUUAAAUGGUUCCCACUCGUUAUGUCAACAAAUAUCUUUUUUUCAGUGAAAAUAAACUGCAGGGAACUAUUAACUGCUAAUUUCCGGCAAGCAUUCCAGUUAAAAUUGCAAAUAAAUGUAUGCAUUUCUAAAUAAUAAAA